UUCUCCAACGAUGAUUAAGUCCAUUAAGCACCGAUUUGGGCGGAUUUAUUCCGGGUCAAUUUUUGGCAGAUUCCAAAGGGGUACCAUCACAGAUUUCGGGCGAUUUAUCCGAAAUGCCAUUUUCUUUCGAUUCUGGAGGAUACAGAUCACGGAAUCAGGCCGAGGCUAUUAUCCACCGAUAAUGAAGUCUAUUGAUCCUAUUCUCCACGGAUGAUAAGUCCGUUAAGCAUCGAUUUGGGACAAUUUAUUUUCGGAUGGCAUUUUCGUAAUUUCUUGGGCGACGAAAGUCCAUUUUCUUUAAAUAUUGAAGGCUACAGAUCACGGAUUCGGCCUUAGGCUAUUCUCCAAUGAUGAUUGAGUCCAUUAAGCACCGAUUUGGGCGGAUUUAUUCCGGGUCAAUUUUUGGCAGAUUCCAAAGGGGUACCAUCAUAGAUUUCAGGCGAUUUAUGCGAAAUGCCAUUUUCUUUCGAUUCUGGAGGCUAUAGAUCACGGAAUCAGGCCGAGGCUAUUAUGCACUGAUAAUGAAGUCUAUUGAUUCUAUUCUCCACGGAUGAUAAGUCCGUUAAGUAUCGAUUUGGGCCAAUUUAUUUUCGGAUGGCAUUUUCGUAAUUUCUUGGGCGACGAAAGUCCAUUUUCUUUGAAUAUUGAAGGCUACAGAUCCGAAUUCGGCCUGAGGCUAUUCUCCAACGAUGAUUGAGUCCAUUAAACACCGAUUUGGUAGGAUUUAUUCCGGGACAAUUUUUGGCAGAUUCCAAAGAGUACCAUCACAGAUUUCGGGCGAUUUAUCCGAAAUGCCAUUUUCUUUCGAUUCUGGAGGCUAUAGAUCACGGAAUCAGGGCGAGGCUAUUAUGCACCGAUAAUGAAGUCUAUUGAUUCUAUUCUCCACGGAUGAUAAGUCCGUUAAGCAUUGAUUUAGGCCAAUUUAUUUUCGGAUGGCAUUUUCUUAAUUUCUUAGGCGACGAAAGUCCAUUUUCUUUGAAUAUUGCAUGCUACAGAUCACGGAUUCGACCUGAGGCUAUUCUCCAAUGAUGAUUGAGUCCAUUAAGCACCGAUUUGGGCGGAUUUAUUCCGGGUCAAUUUUUGGCAGAUUCCAAAGGGGUACCAUCACAGAUUUCGGGCGAUUUAUUCGAAAUGCAAUUUUCUUUCAAUUCUGGAGGCUACAUAUCACGGAAUCAGGCCGAGGCUAUUAUCCACCGAUAAUGAAGUCUAUUGAUCCUAUUCUCCACGGAUGAUAAGUCCUUUAAGCAUCGAUUUGGGCCAAUUUAUUUUCGGAUGGCAUUUUCGUAAUUUCUUGGGCGACGAAAAUCCAUUUUCUUUGAAUAUUGAAGGCUACAGAUCACAGAUUUGCCCUGAGGCUAUUCUCAAAUGACGAUUGAGUCCAUUAAGCAUCGAUUUGGGAGAAUUUAUUCCGGGUCAAUUUUUGGCAGAUUCCAAAGGGGUACCAUCACAGAUUUCGGGCGAUUUAUCCUAAAUGCCAUUUUCUUUCGAUUCUGGAGGGUACAGAUCACGGAAUCAGGCCGAUGCUAUUAUCCACCGAUAAUGAAGUCUAUUGAUCCUAUUCUCCACGGAUGAUAAGUCUGUUAAACAUCGAUUUGGGCCAAUUUAAUUUUGGAUGGCAUUUUCGUAAUUUCGUGUACGACAAAAGUCCAAUUUCUUUGAAUAUUGAAGGCUACAGAUCACGGAUUCGGCCUGAGGCUAUUCUCCAACGACGAUUGAGUCCAUUAAGCACCGAUUUGGGCGUAUUUAUUCCGGUUCAAUUUUUGGCAGAUUCCAAAGGGGUACCAUCACAGAUUUCACGCGAUUUAUCCGAAAUGCCAUUUUCUUUCGAUUCUGGAGGGUACAGAUCACGGAAUCAGGUUGAGGCUAUUAUCCACUGAUAAUGAAGUCUAUUGAUCCUAUUUUCCACGGAUGAUAAGUCCGUUAAGCAUCGAUUUGGGCCAAUUUAUUUUCGGAUGGCAUUUUUGUAAUUUCUUGGGCGACAAAAUUCCAUUUUCUUUGAAUAUUGAAGGUUACAGAUCCGAAUUCGGCCUGAGGCUAUUCUCCAACGAUGAUUGAGUCCAUUAAGCAUUGAUUUGGUAGGAUUUAUUCCGGGUCAAUUUUUGGCAGAUUCCAAAGGGGUACCAUCACAGAUUUCAGGCGAUUUAUCCGAAAUUCCAUUUUCUUUCAAUUCUGGAGGCUAUAGAUCACGGAAUCAGGCCGAGGCUAUUAUGCACCGAUAAUGAAGUCUAUUGAUUCUAUUCUCCACGGAUGAUAAGUCCGUUAAGCAUCGAUUUGGGCCAAUUUAUUUUCGGAUGGCAUUUUUGUAAUUUCUUGGGCGACAAAAUUCCAUUUUCUUUGAAUAUUGAAGGUUAUAGAUCCGAAUUCGGCCUGAGGCUAUUCUCCAACGAUGAUUGAGUCCAUUAAGCAUUGAUUUGGUAGGAUUUAUUCCGGGUCAAUUUUUGGCAGAUUCCAAAGGGGUACCAUCACAGAUUUCAGGCGAUUUAUCCGAAAUUCCAUUUUCUUUCAAUUCUGGAGGCUAUAGAUCACGGAAUCAGGCCGAGGCUAUUAUGCACCGAUAAUGAAGUCUAUUGAUUCUAUUCUCCACGGAUGAUAAGCCCGUUAAGCAUCGAUUUGGGCCAAUUUAUUUUCGGAUGACAUUUUCGUAAUUUCUUGGGCGACGAAAGUCCAUUUUCUUUGAAUAUUGAAGGCUACAGAUCAAGGAUUCGACCUGAGGCUCUUCUCCAACGAUGAUUGAGUCCAUUAUGCACCAAUUUGGGCGGAUUUAUUCCGGGUCAAUUUUUGGCAGAUUCCAAAGGGGCACCAUCUCAGAUUUCGGGCGAUUUAUCCGAAAUGCAAUUUUCUUUUUAUUCUGGAGGCUACAUAUCACGGAAUCAGGCCGAGGCUAUUAUCCACCUAUAAUGGAGUCUAUUGAUCCUAUUCUCCACAGAUGAUAAGUCCGUUAAGCAUCGAUUUAGGCUAAUUUAUUUUCGGAUGGCAUUUUCGUAAUUUCUAGGGCGAUGAAAGUCCAUUUUCUUUCAAUAUUGAAGGCUACAGAUCACGAAUUCAGCCUGAGGCUAUUCUCGAACACGAUUGAGUCCAUUAAGCACUGAUUUGGGCGGAUUUAUUCCGGGUUAAUUUUUGGCAGAUUCCAAAGGGGUACCAUCACAGAUUUCGGGCGAUUUAUCCGAAAUGCCAUUUUCUUUAGAUUCUAGAGGCCACAGAUCACGGAAUUAGGUCGAGGCUAUUAUCCACCAAUAAUGAAGUCUAUUAAUCCUAUUCUCUAUGGAUGAUAAGUACGUUAAGCAGCGAUUUGCGCCAAUUUAUUUUCUGAUGGCAUUUUCGUAAUUUCUUGGGCGAUGAAAGUCCAUUUUCUUUGAAUAUUGAAGGCUACACAUCACGAAUUCGGCCUGAGGCUAUUCUCCAACGAGUAUUGAGUCCAUUAAGCACUGAUUUAGGCGGAUUUAUUCCGGGUCAAUUUUUGCCAGAUUCGGAAGGUUUACCAUUACAAAUUUCGGGCGAUUUUUCAAAAUGCCAUUUUCUUUCGAUUUUGGAGGCUACAGAUCACGGACUCAGGCCGAGGCUAUUAUCCACCGAUAAUGAAGUCUAUUGAUCCUAUUCUUCACGGAUGGUAAGUCCUUUAAGCAUCGAUUUGGGCUACUUUAUUUUCGGAUGGCAUUUUCGUAAUUUCAAGGGCGACGAACAGAUUCCAAAGGGGUACCAUCACAGAUUUCGGGCAAUUUAUCCGAAAUGCCAUUUUCUUUGGAUUCUGGAGGCUCCAGAUCACGGAAUCAGGCCGAGGCUAUUCUCCACCGAUAAUGAAGUCUAUUGAUCCUAUUCUCCACAGAUGAUAAGUCCAUUAAACAUCGAUUUGGGCCAAUUUAUUUUCGGAUGACAUUUUCGUAAUUUCUUGUGCGACGAAAUUCCAAUUUCUUUGAAUAUUGAAGGCUACAGAUCACGGAUUCGGCCUGAGGCUAUUCUCCUACGACAAUUUGGGUGGAUUUAUUCCGGCUCAAUUUUUGGCAAAUUCCAAAGGGGGCACCAUCACAGAUUUCGGGCGAUUUAUCCAAAAUUCCAUUUUCUUUCGAUUCUGGAGGGUACAGAUCACGGAAUCAGGUUUUCGAGCCAUUUUCCGAAAUGCCAUUUUCUUUCGAUUCUGGAGGCUACAGAUCACGGAAUCAGGCGAGGCUAUUAUCCACCGAUAAUGAAGUCUAUUGAUCCUAUUCUCCACGGAUGAUAAGUCCGUUAAGCAUCGAUUUGGGCCACUUUAUUUUCGGAUGACAUUUUCGUAAUUUCAAGGGCCAUGAAAGUCCAUUUUCUUUGAAUAUUGAAAGCUACAGAUCACGGAUUCGCCCUGAGGCUAUUCUUUAACGACGAUUGUGUCCAUUAAGAACCGAUUUGGUCGGAUUUAUUCUGGGUAAAUUUUUUGCAGAUUCCAAUGGGGUACCAUCUCAGAUUUCAGGCAAUUUUUCCGAAAUGCCAUUUUCUUUCAAUUCUGGAGGCUCCAGGUCACGGAAUCAGUCCGAGGCUAUUAUCCACCGAUAAUGAAGUCUAUUGAUCCUAUUCUCCACGGAUGAUAAGUCCUUUAAGCAUCGAUUUGGGCCAAUUUAUUUUCGGAUGGCAUUUUCGUAAUUUCUUGGGCGACGAAAAUCCAUUUUCUUUGAAUAUUGAAUGCUACAGAUCACAGAUUUGCCCUGAGGCUAUUCUCAAAUGACGAUUGAGUCCAUUAAGCAUAGAUUUGGGCAGAUUUAUUCCGGUUCAAUUUUUUGGCAGAUUCCAAAGUGGUAUCAUCACAGAUUUCGGGCGAUUUAUCCGUAAUGCCAUUUUCUUUCUAUUCUGGAAGGUACAGAUCACGGAAUCAGGUCGAGGCUAUUAUCCACUGAUAAUGAAGUCUAUUGAUCCUAUUUUCCAUGGAUGAUAAGUCCGUUUAGCAUCGAUUUGGGCCAAUUUAUUUUCGGAUGACAUUUUCGUAAUUUCUUGGGCAACGAAAGUCCAUUUUCUUUGAAUAUUGAAGGCUACAGAUCACGGAUUCGCCUUCAGGCUAUUCUCCAACGACGAUUAAGUCCAUUAAGCAUCGAUUUGGGCGGAUUUAUUCCGGGUAAAUUUUUGGCAGAUUCCAAAGGGGUACCAUCACAGAUUUCGCGCGAUUCAUCCGAAAUGCCAUUUUCUUUCGAUUCAGGAGGCUACAGAUCACGGAAUCAGGCCGAGGCUAUUAUCCACCAAUAAUAAAGUCUAUUGAUCCUAUUCUCCACGGAUGAUAAGUCCGUUAAGCAUCGAUUUGGGCCAAUUUAUUUUCGGAUGGCAUUUUCGAAAUUUCUUGGGCGACGAAAGUUCAAUUUCUUUGAAUAUUGAAGGCUACAGAUCCGAAUUCGGCCUGAGGCUAUUCUCCAACGAUGAUUGAGUCCAUUAAGCACUGAUUUAGUAGGAUUUAUUCCGGGUCAAUUUGUGGCAGAUUCCAAAGGGGUACCAUCAUAGAUUUCGGGCGAUUUAUCCGAAAUGCCAAUUUCUUUCGAUUCUGGAGGCUACAUAUCAUGGAAUCUGGUCGAGGCUAUUAUCCACCGAUAAUGAAGUCUAUUGAUCCUAUUCUCCACGGAUGAUAAGUCCGUUAAGCAUCGAUUUUGGCAAAUUUAUUUUCGGAUGGCAUUUUCGUAAUUUUUUGGGCGACGAAAAUCCAUUUUCUUUGAAUAUUGAAGGCUACAGAUAACGGAUUUGCCCUGAGGCUAUUCUCCAAUGACCAUUGAGUCCAUUAAGCAUCGAUUUGGGGGGAUUUAUUCCGGGUCUAUUUUUGGCAGAUUCCAAAGGGGUACCAUCAAAGAUUUCAGGAGAUUUAUCCGAAAUGCCAUUUUCUUUCAAUUCUGGAGGCUUCAGAUCACGGAAUCAGGCCAAUGCUAUUAUCCACCGAUAAUGAAGUCUAUUGAUCCUAUUCUCCAUGGAUGAUAAGUCCUUAAAGCAUCAAUUUAGACCAAUUUAUUUCGGAUGGCAUUUUCGUAAUUUCUUGGGCGACGAAAGUCCAAUUUCUUUGAAUAUUGAAGGCUACAGAUCCGAAUUCGGCUUGAGGCUAUUCUCCAACGAUGAUUGAGUCCAUUAAGCACUGAUUUGGCAGGAUUUAUUCCGUGUCAAUUUUUGGCAGAUUCCAAAGGGGUACCGUCACAGAUUUCGGGCGAUUUAUCCGAAAGGCCAUUUUCUUUCGAUUCUAGAGGCUACAUAUCACGAAAUUUGGCCGAGGCUAUUAUCCACCGAUAAUGAAGUCUAUUGAUCCUAUUCUCCACGGAUGAUAAGUCCUUUAAGCAUCGAUUUGGGCCAAUUUAUUUUUAGAUGUCAUUUUCGUAAUUUCUUGAGCGACGAAAAUCCAUUUUCUUUGAAUAUUGAAGGCUACAGAUCACAGAUUUCCCCUGAGGCUAUUCUCAAAUGACGAUUGAGUCCAUUAAGCAUCGAUUUGAGCGAAUUUAUUCUGGGUCAAUUUUUGGCAGAUUACAAAGGGGUACCAUCAAAGAAUUCGGGCGAUUUAUCCGAAAUGCCAUUUUCUUUUGAUUUUGGAGGGUAUAGAUCACGGAAUCAGGUCGAGGCUAUUAUCCACCGAUAAUGAAGUCUAUUGAUCCUAUUCUCCACGGAUGAUAAGUCCGUUAAACAUCGAUUUGGGCCAAUUUAUUUUCGGAUGGCAUUUUCGUAAUUUCUUGUACGACAAAAGUCCAAUUUCUUUGAAUAUUGAAGGCUACAGAUCACGGAGUCGGCCUGAGGCAAUUCUCCAACGACGAUUGAGUCCAUUAAGCACCGAUUUGGGCGGAUUUAUUCCAGUUCAAUUUUUUGGCAGAUUCCAAAGGGGUACCAUCACAGAUUUCACGCGAUUUAUCCGAAAUGCCAUUUUCUUUCGAUUCUGGAGGGUACAGAUCACGAAAUCAGGUCGAGGCUUUUAUCCACUGAUAAUGAAGUCUAUUGAUCUUAUUUUCCAGGGAUGAUAAGUCCGUUAAGCAUCGAUUUGGGCUAAUUUAUUUUCGGAUGGCAUUUUCGUAAUUCCUUGGGCGACGAAAGUCCAUUUUCUUUGAAUAUUGAAGGCUACAGAUCACGGAUUCGGCCUGAGAUUAUUCUCAAACGACGAUUGAGUCUAUUAAGCACCGAUUUGGGGGGAUUUAUUCUGGGUCAAUUUUUGGCAGAUUCCAAAGGGGGACCAUCACAGAUUUCAUGCAAUUUAUCCGAAAUGCCAUUUUCUUUCGAUUCUGGAGGCUAUAGAUCACGGAAUCAGGUCGAGGCUAUUAUCCACCGAUAAUGAAGCCUAUUGAUCCUAUUCUCCACGGAUGAUAAGUCCGUUAAGCAUCGAUUUGGGCCAAUUUAUUUUCGGAUGGCAUUUUCGUAAUUUCAUGGGCAACGAAAGUCCAUUUUCUUUGAAUAUUGAAGGCUAUAGAUCACGGAUUCGCCCUAAGGCUAUUCUCCAAUGACGAUUAAGUCCAUUAAGCAUCGAUUUGGGCGGAUUUAUUCCGGGUCAAUUUUUGGCAGAUUCCAAAGGGGUACCAUCACAGAUUUCGGGCGAUUUAUCCGAAAUGCCAUUUUCUUUCGAUUCUGGAGGCUACAUAUCACGAAAUCUGGCCGAGGCUAUUAUCCACCGAUAAUGAAGUCUAUUGAUCCUAUUCUCCACGGAUGAUAAGUCCGUUAAACAUCGAUUUGGGCCAAAUUAUUUUCGGAUGGCAUUUUCGUAAUUUCUUGUGCGACGAUAUUCUAAUUUCUUUGAAUAUUGAAGGCUACAAAUCACGGAUUCGGCCUGAGGCUAUUCUCCAACGACGAUUGAGUCCAUUAAACACCGAUUUGGGUGGAUUUAUUCCGGGUCAAUUUAUGGCAGAUUCCAAAGGGGUACCAUGACAGAUUUCAGGCGAUUUAUCCGAAAUUCCAUUUUCUUUCGAUUCUGGAGGGUACAGAUCACAGAAUCAGGUCGAGGCUAUUAUCCACUGAUAAUGAAUUUUAUUGAUACUAUUCUCCACGGAUGAUAAGUCCGUUAAGCAUCGAUUUGGGCCAAUUUAUUUUCGGAUGGCAUUUUCGUAAUUUCUUGCGCGACGAAAGUCCAUUUUCUUUGAAUAUUGAAAGCUACAGAUCCGAAUUCGGCAUGAGGCUAUUCUCCAACGAUGAUUGAGUCCAUUAAGCACCGAUUUGGUAGGAUUUAUUCCGGUUCAAUUUUUGGCAGAUUCCAAAGGGGUACCAUCACAGAUUUCAGGCGAUUUAUCCGAAAUGCCAUUUUCUUUUGAUUCUGGAGGCUACAGAUCACAGAAUCAAGCUGAGGCUAUUACCCACCGAUAAUGAAGUCUGUUGAUCCUAUUCUCCACGGAUGAUAAGUCCGUUAAGCAUCGAUUUGGGCCACUUUAUUUUUGGAUGGCAUUUUCGUAAUUUCAAGGGCGGCGAAAAUCCAUUUUCUUUGAAUAUUGAAGGCUACAGAUGACGGAUUCGCCCUGAGGCUAUUCUUCAACGACGAUUGAGUCCAUUAAGCACCGAUUUGUUCGGAUUUAUUCUGGGUAAAUUUUUUGCAGAUUCCAAAGGGGUACCAUCUCAGAAUUCGGGCAAUUUAUCCGAAAUGCCAUUUUCUUUCGAUUCUGGAGGCUCCUGGUCACGGAAUCAGGCCGAGGCUAUUAUCCACCAAUUAUGAAGUCUAUUGAUCCUAUUCUCCAUGGAUGAUAAGUCCUUUAAGCAUCGAUUUGGGCCAAUUUAUUUUAUGAUGGCAUUUUCGUAAUUUCUUGGGCGACGAAAAUCCAUUUUCUUGGAUAUUGAAGGCUACAGAUCACAGAUUUGCCCUGAGGCUAUUCUCAAAUGACGAUUGAGUCCAUUAAGCAUCGAUUUGGGCGUAUUUAUUGCCGGUCAAUUUUUGGCAGAUUCCAAAGGGGUACCGUCACAGAUUUCGGGCGAUUUAUCCGAAAUGCCAUUUUCUUUCGAUUCUGGAGGGUACAGAUCACGGAAUCAGGCCGAGGCUAUUAUCCACCGAUAAUGAAGUCUAUUGAUACUAUUCUCCACUGAUGAUAAGUCCGUUAAACAUCGAUUUGGGCCAAUUUAUUUUCGGAUGGCAUUUUCGUAAUUUCUUGUACCACUAAAGUCCAAUUUCUUUGAAUAUUGAAGGCUACAUAUCACGGAUUCAGCCUGAGGAUAUUCUCCAACGAUGAUUGAGUCCAUUAAGCACCGAUUUGGGCGGAUUAUUCCGGUUCAAUUUUUUGGCAGAUUCCAAAGGGGUACAAUCACAGAUUUCAGGCGAUUUAUCCGAAAUGCCAUUUUCUUUCGAUUCUAGAGGGUACAGAUCACGGAAUCAGGUCGAGACUAUUAUCCACUGAUAAUGAAGUGUAUUGAUCCUAUUUUCCACGGAUGAUAAGUCCGUUAAGCAUUGAUUUGGGCCAAUUUAUUUUCGGAUGGCAUUUUCAUAAUUUCUUGGGCGACGAAAGUCCAUUUUCUUUGAAUAUUAAGGGCUACAGAUCACGGAUUCGGCCUUAGGCUAUUCUCCAACUACGAUUGAGUCCAUUAAGAACCGAUUUGGGCAGAUUUAUUUCGGGUCAGUUUUUGGCAGAUUCCAAAGGAGUACCAUCACAGAUUUCAUGCGAUUUAUCCAAAAUGUCAUUUUCUUUCGAUUCUGGAGGCUAUAGAUCACGGAAUCAGGUUGAGGCUAUUAUCCACCGAUAAUGAAGUCAAUUGAUCCUAUUCUCCACGGAUGAUAAGUCCGUUAAGCACCGAUUUGGGCCAAUUUAUUUUCGGAUGGCAUUUUCGUAAUUUCUUGGGCGACGAAAGUCCAAUUUUUUUGAAUAUUGAAGGCUACAGAUCCGAAUUCGGCCUGAGGCUAUUCUCCAACGAUGAUUGAGUCCAUUAAGUACUGAUUUGGGCGGAUUUAUUCCGGGUCAAUUUUUGGCAGAUUCCAAAGGGGUAUCAUCACAGAUUUCAGGCGAUUUCUCCGAAAUGCCAUUUUCUUUCGAUUCUGGAGGGUUCAGAUCACGGAAUCAGGCCGAGGCUAUUACCCACCGAUAAUGAAGUGUAUUGAUCCUA